CCUUUGUAAAAGUAUACACGGUCAAGCUUGAAACAAUAUUUACGGGGGACUCUUGGAAACUGGGUAUGAGAAUUGAGAUAUAAAAGUGGAAACAUCGGCCGAAGUGUGACAAAGAAGUAUAAUAGGAACAAGAAAACAUAAGUGUUGAUGAAAUGAGGAACAGUGAAGGAACAAGAAAGGAAGGAAGCAUGUGAGACCUGAAAAAGACACAAAACAAGCACAGAUCCUUAACCUCUCCUUGUCGAGACAACCCAAUGGGCAAAUGUGGGUGCCAAGAGAGGCUUUGCUAAAAGUUAAACAUACAUAUAUAAUAUGACCUUUGAUAAAAAAAAACAUAUAUAAUAUGACCAUUAGUUAAUCAAGUGCUUGCUUGCUUGAUCCUAAUCACAUCCUUUUCCCAAAGCCAACCAACGCUCGAGAGAUCUGUCUAGACAAUUUGAGACAAUCCGUAUGGUAUUCUAUAUAUGCUUACAUUUUGAAUUCAUAUGUUAUUUUUGCGAAGUAGAUGAUUGUACUUUUCUAUUGAUCCAGUGUAACCGCAACUGAAUACUUCAUUGGGGAGAAUAUUAAUACUGGUUUAAGAUCCACUAAUCUAAUUCUGGCAACAAAAAAAGAUCCACUAAUCCAAUAGGAAACAUUGUUUUGGAGAAAAUAUCACAUCAAAAAAUAUAAAAGAGAGUUAAUUAAUAUAUAGGAGAACUAUACCACCAAUAUAUUUAUCACUAAAUAGUUUUAAAUUGAUAACAAAAAUCUUAACAUGGUAUGAGAGCUACCCAAUGUUGGGUCACUCCAUGUAUAUUGUUUUCACAUUUGCUUAGGUUUGAACAUGAGAUAAUGAAUAAAUAAAUUUUUCACAUUACUAGUUGAAUAAAUAAUUAACUAACAUAUAUGAUAUGUUAAGUCCAACUAUAGUCAAUUGAUUUUAAGUUAUAAAUUUUUGAUAAAUCUGAACUUAGCAUGCUAACAUGAUAAACACAUGCUAGGACCAAUUCAAUAGAGGAGGAGAUCAUCAGUUGCUCUCACAUUAUGAGGAAAAUGACAUAAAACGUAGGUACAUGCAUACAUAAAAAAAAAAAAUGAAGAACGCACUUGUGUGGUCCAUCUGGUUAAUAUACAAGUAAACAACACGCGCCGAGAUCGCCAGCUUCUAUAUAACUCAUCUAUCUCCCUCCUCUUCUCUCUCAUUCGUCGUCUUCCUCUACAAGUCCCGAUAAAGAAACAAAGAAACAACACCAAAACAGUUUAAGACAUCUAAUCUCUUUCUUCUUUUGUCUCUUCUUCUUCUUCAAAAAUUCCCCUUUUUUUGUCGAGUUUCUAAGAACAAAGCAUGCAUAGAUCCAGAAACCCGUCAUUCUCCUCCACCCUCCUCGACGAAAUCUACAAUUCCAUCGAUCAUAAAACCCACAAAACCCAAUCUUUUACCGGUUUUGUCAACACUACCAAUAAUAAACAGAGCAUCAGCGUAACCAGACCGGUUCCUGACCGGAAAAUACACAAAGAUCGGUUCUUUAGCUCCGUGUCGUCUUCCUCUGAUUCCAACUCCAGUUUCUUCUCAUCUUCCGACACAGAACCAUCUCACGCUAAGAAGAAAUCUUCUUCAAGACCGUUAUGUUUCGGCCCAUCUAAAACAACAAAGCCAAGAAAAACAGAGGAUAAAACUCUGUUUCACCAAAACAGAGCGUUUCGAGUUUCGGAAGACUACGAUUACGAGAAGAAUGAACACACUAGAACCAGAAGAUCUAGUAGUAAUCAGAAGAAGCUCAAAACUCCAGCUUCACCUGGUGUACGGAUCGUUAACUUCAUCAACUCUUUAUUCAGCAGCAACAACAGUUCCAAAGGUCAUCCGAAGAAGAUGAGCUGCGACGACUCUGCGUUCGUUAGGAAACCAAAUGAUUACUACUAUCCAUCUACGACGUGUUCUUCCGCUUCUUCCUUCUCCAGGUCGUGUCUGAACAAAAGCUCCGAGAAAUCAUCUGACCGUGUCAAAAGAAGCGUCAGGUUUUCUCCGGUUAACGUGAUCGUCCCCGAGAGCAGAUCCUACGUCGAAGAAGAAGAUUACCUCAGCAACAACGGUUAUGUCAGAAAGUCAGUGAAGAAGAACGUGGAAGAUAGAGGGAGGAGGUCAGUGGAGGAGAUUGCGAGAGAGUUUCUGAGAGAUUAUCACAAGAAGCAUGAUAACGGUUUGGUCAAGAUUAAUGCUUUCGAGGAUUACGAAGAUGAUGAUGAUGAUGUAGCAAGUGAUUCGAGUUCGGAUUUGUUUGAGCUGGACUUAGUUGGAACUCAUCAUCACAAUCUGUACGGAGAUGAACUUCCCGUGUAUGAAACCACUUUUGCUGGUUUGAUCUUGUGAAGUUUUUUUUUUUAAUUAGUUUUUCCUUUUGCUUUAAAUUUUUUGUUU